GGGACGACAAGAAGUCCAAGGAUGCCAUCCCAGAAUGGGACGGCAACCCAGGGCGUUGGCGGCACUUCGAGACGGCUGUGAAGUGGUUCCCUCGCACGCUCAAGCGGCAAGAGAGGGACCUGGCGGCGAACCGGAUCAUUGGACGCAUGCUGCAGAGUAAGACGAUCGCCAUCAGGACGUUUGCGACCACUCUGGAUCCGGACCGAUAUGAGAAUCCGAAUGGCCACCUCCUCCUCUUAGACGACCUGAGGAGCAGCCCGCUUGGGAAGCUUCCGAUCCCGGACGCAGCCCACAAGAUCAAGCACUACUACAAGGAUUUCAAGCGGCGCAAGGGCGAGACGGUGGGCGCGCUCCUGAUCAGAGAGCAGGACUGCUACUCAGAGAUGGUCCAGGCGCUGGAGCGCCUCCUGGAGGAGAUGGGCGACAACGACAAGUACAAGCAGUGCCAGGAGUGCUACGGCUACUUCGAGAGAGACCGUGGCGCAGCUGGACGCGGACAAUGGUACUGCCAGAGGUGCUGGGACCACUGGGAGCCCAGCCCCGACGCGUCGGCGCCCUCAGCAGCAGAUGAUGCCCCUGCUGAGGAAGCAGAAGAAGCAGAUGAGUACGAACGACAGUCGAUCACGUCUCGUUCGCAGGGCUCUCGAACGGAACGUUUUCACCGACAAGAAUCCAUGGCUAGCAAGCUCAAGGUUUCAGAAGCGAUGGCAGUGGGCUCUACGUUUUUCGGCCACGCUUCUGGAGUUCUGAAGGUCCUCCGCGGAUUCUUCCUGCUCGAGGCAAUGGACUUCACCGAGAAAGAGAAGCAGGACGUCCGCGUGGUCACGCAGAAUCGUUUGGAUUUCGAUGCAGUCUCCAAGGCUUUGAAGGAGAGAUGGGAGGACAAGGCGCUGGUGCAGCGGGACUUCGGACCGAGGGCUAUGCCUCGGUACGGCCCGGAGUCAGGCCCUCAGUCGGCCCUCGUUGCAGAGUUUGACGACGUACACGGACCAGACUGGUACGACGGCUACGCAGCGGCAGUUCAGGCGUGGGAGAACGACGGUUACGACCACCACGAGAACGAGGACGACUACGACGUCGUGGAGGAGCCGCAGCUCGCCUCAGAGCCAGAGGAGUCCGAGGCCAUGGACGAGGAUCUCAACCAUCUCAACGAGGAGCUCGAGGCGGCCCAGGCGAUGGCAGCAGAGGCUUCACGCACUCUGGUUCAAGCCAGGCAAGCAGUGGCCGCCGCUCACAAAGAUCGAGGCCCAAAGGGCAGCAAGGGCAGCAAGAGCGGCAAGGGCAGCAAGUACCGCGACAGGGACAACGACCAGAAGGGCAAGAAUGCGAACUACCUGGAGUUCCACACGAUCACGCACGGGUUUGACGAGCUCCAGGGUCUGUACCAGGCGGAGCUGAACGACAGCAGCCUCGCCCCCUCUGAGGCCAUGGUUGAUUGCGGGGCUUCCGCGUCCGCCGGAGGCGAGCGCGCAGUCCAGGCCCUGGUUGCCGCCGUUGCGGCUGCGAACCCACAGGCCAGGAUCGAGAUCAACAAAAAUGAAAGACCGUGGUUUCGUUUCGGAGACAAUAAGUGGGGCAGAGCACUGUAUGAGGUUUCGGUCGAGUUCGAGCCGGGCUUCGUUCUGGGUAUUUUCGCUCUCAGUCCUGGCGUGCCUCUCGUUCUGUUGGGAAUGACCGCUCUGGAGUCGUGGCCGGCAAUCGUGAAUUUCCGAACCGGGGAGGCUGUGAUCAGGGGUCAACUGGUGCAGCUUCGCAAGACUCCAGGCAAGGGCCAUUGCAUCCUCGACCUGGUGAAGCACGUUUCCGAGAUUUUAAACCCGACCGCGGAAAACACCGAGGGUCUUGCAAGGGGCAAGGACGAAUGGGUACCUGUCGACAUAGAUGCCGACAAGAAGGAGGAGGGCCCGGAGGUAAAGUCACCUUCGGCGGCAGCGAGCUCCGGACCUACGACCCAGGUCAAGCGGGAGUUCGUCUUCAACGGCCAGAAAAUGGAGCAUGUCACCUCGGAGGGCAAGGUCAAGGAGAGAGAUCCGGGCAACGCGCACCAGGGUCGCAAGAAGGAGAAGCAGAUGGAGCUGGACCCGGCGUUCGCACUGCAGGUGGACCCCCGCGACCCGAGGACCACACGGGGACCGUGCGGGCAGACGCAUCGCAAGUACUUCACGGUCAACAACCAGUGGGGCCAGACCAGGACGUGCUAUCGGCGCGGGCUGAGGUUGCUCUACGUUCCGACGGCGAAGGCGCCGAUGACGAACCUCAGCAUGCAGCAUCCGAAGUUGGUGGAGUCCGGCCUGGAGUUGGUGCGGCACUGCAACAUGUGGGAGACGGCCAAUCACGAGCAGGUGACCGCGAUGAUCAACAUCGCCACCUCACUUCGGAGGCUCCCCGGGACCGAGAUCCGACACGCGCCGGACGCGCUGCUGGAGAUGUUGGGGGCAGCGAAUCCCAGGACACUAUUCGCAGGACUGGCUUUGGCCAUGACCGUGGGUACGAUCACCGAGGCAGUGGAGAUCUGCUGCCAUCCCAACAGCAUGCUGACCGACGAGUGCACCAACAUCGGCCUCAGCAUGGAGCGGAUCAGCAUCGAGAACGGCUACAACCUCAGCACGAAGGCGGGGUUCGAGGCCGCUAGCAAGAAGCUGGACGAGGUGAUGCCGAAGAGGGCUUGGAUAUCGCUACCAUGCACACUAUGGACUUCACUUACGAACUUCAAUUACAAGACACCAGAGGCACGUGCACGCCUCGAGAAAGACCGACUUCGAGACCGACGACGUGUGAAGUAUGGAGUUCUCCUGUUGCUAAAGAUUGUUGACAACGGAGGCGAGGUCUACUUCGAGUGGCCUCACAGGUGUCAAGGCUGGAAGAUUCCCGAGCUCAACUUUCUACGCACGGAGUUGAGGCGUCGGGGACGACACGUCUUCGAGGAUCGGAUCGACGGGUGCAUGUACGGCCUCAGGGACUACAACACUAACGAGCUCGUCGAGAAGGGCUGGAGGAUCAUGACCACCGACCCGGAGUUCUCCAAGGUCGCGACCGUGUGUGACCACUCACACGGCCACCGAGUCAUCAGCGGGAAGCUACACACUGCAGCCACAGCCUACUACCCGCAGGCGAUGUGCAAGGCAAUUGCCCGACUAUGGCAUGCUCAACUCCGGACCCCGAUCGACCUCAACAUGGCCCUGGAGAACCCUGCUGUCCUCGACCUCGAGAAUGCCUACCUGAUGGAGCGGGACACCGGGAGCAUCUACGUCGCUGAGCCCACGGAUCCCGAAAGGGAACAGGUGCGGGCGAUGUUGAGCAGGAUCCACAAGGCUGCAGGGCACCCAGGGAACGAGCACUUGGCUUACUGGUGCAAGAAGCGACAGUGUCCACGCUGGAUUAUCGAAGAAGCGAUCAACCUACGCUGCGAGGCAUGCGACCUGGUCAAGCACGGCCUUACCCACAAGGUCAAGGCGAGCCUCGACAUCCCCAUGGCACCUUGGCAGGCAGCCGUCAUGGACGUUUCCGACCUGACGUUCCCGGACUUGAACGUGAAGGCCAGGUUUCUCCUCAUCGCAGAGGUCGCCACCGGCCUGAUGUGUGGAGACAUCGCUGCGAAGAUCGGCCUCAAAGACAAGGGCACGGAUUCGUCAGCUACGCCGUUCACGACGUUUGCCAGAGCCUACCUUCAACACUAUCCCAAGCCAAGGUGGGUUUUCGUCGAUCCUCAGCCAUCUUUUGUGGGCGGCGAGUUUAAAGACAACUGCCAGUUGGCCGGCAUCGGCGUCUCAGCGAAACCAGGAGGAGCACAUUGGAUGGCUGGCGACAUCGAGCGCCGCAUCUCGACCGUCAAGCAGGUAAUGAGGAAGCUUCGCCUACAAUACCCGAAGCUGAGUCCCGAGACCGUGUUUUACAUCUCGAUUGCGGCGGCCAACAACAUGGACAACAUCAAGGGCUACACGCCGACGCAGUGGGCUUUCGGGUUCUCUCCCACCGAGGACCCAAUCUUGGCGCAUAACGCAGCUACUGGCAAGUUGAAGUCCGACUUCUUCGAGAUCGAGCGGGUACGAGCGGAUGCAGAGGCGACUUACCUGAAGGAGAAGGCGUCCAGGAAGAUCUCAGAGCUGAAGAACUCAGCCCCACGACCUCGACAUGAAUAUAAACGAGGCGACUGGGUCUGUGUCUGGCGGUCGUACGCUGCGACAGGGAAGCGAAAGCUUUCCGGGCAGGAUUUCUUCACGGACGGCCUAUUCAUCGGACCGGGCAGGGUUUUGUUCUCCGAGCCGGCGGUCCAGACAGGCAACAAGGACGGCGUGAUCUGGGUCAUCAUGGGCAACCGAUGCUGGCGCUGCGCAGCUGAGCAACUGCGGCCAGCCACGCAGUCGGAGAUCGUCCAGAUCAACCUGAAGAAGGACGACAUCCUCAACAGUCCGCUCGAGGACGUCUGGAGGCACCUCCAGGACUUUGACGACAUCGCCGGGGAGCCCUCCCCAACGGCAGAUGGCAUGAGGAUGCUACCACGUCAACCUCUUGAGGGCAUGCCGAGGGUGAUCGAGAAUCCCGAUGUGGCCGUGGAACCCCACGACGUCACGGAGGCAGAUGACGACCUGGAGGUCGACGAGGCGGCGAGCGACCAUGUGGAAGCCAGCGAGACCGACAUCAUCAACUUCGUGCAGGAUCCGAAUAACGAGGCCGAGAUGGACCUGAUGAAGAUCGAGAUCGAGACGGACCUUGAAGAGUUCUGCUUCGAUGCGAGCGCGUACCUGGAGAAGCAGCUGAACCGAGUGGCCAACAACACGGUCAAGAAGGGUGUGGAGGUUUCGUUUGGCCGCCUGAGCCCCGAGGAGAAGCCACUGUUUCAAGAGGCAAUGGCACGGGAGCUGGCGGAACAUCUGGAAGUACCGACCGUCCGGGCUGCAUCGGCUUACGCUGACUACAAUCAUGGAAAAGACAUUCCAGCGGACAAGCUGAUCAAGAUGAGGUGGCUACUGACCUGGAAGCCUUUGACACCACCUGAACCACCGGACAAGUCGGACCCACACCCCGUGAGCACGCCGGACGGGAAGUUCAAGGCGAAGGCCCGUAUCAUUCUGUUGGGCUUCUCACAUCCAGACCUUGUCAGUCGCGACAAGUUCGGAGAUCGGGUGCUUCCCACGGCGUCACCAACCAUUUCAAGAAAAGGGAAGCUGGCACUCCUCCAGAUGGCUGCUUUCCACGGCUGGACCUUCGAGCUAGCCGACGCGAAGUCCGCCUUCCUGCAGGCCGGGCACACCGAGGAGUGGAGGAAGCUCUACACGAAGGGCGUGAAGGAGCUCCGGCAGGCCUUGCAGAUCAACGAGGAGGAGUCCAUGCGAGUCCUGGCAGCGAUCUACGGGAUCACGAAUGCGCCGUGGGUUUUCUGGAAGUAUGUGGACCACAAGAUCCACGAAGCAGGAGGCAAGAGCGUCCUCAUCGAGCCAUGCAUCUGGAUCAUUCAGGACCAGGACGGCACCGUGUGCGGGGUCAUCGGCUCGCACGUGGACGACUUUGGCAUCGCAGGCGACAGCGACAACAAGUUCUACCUCGACAUGAAGAACAUGCUGAAGGAGAUGCUGCGGUGGUCUCCAUGGCGAAGCACGCCGUGCAUGUGGGCAGGCAUGUGGAUCACUAAGGAGCCGUCGGGCAAGAUCCAUGCCAGCCAGGAGGAGUUCUGUCACCAGCUCCUCGAGAUCAGGGUUGAGUCCGGCAAGUAUCUCUCGAAGGAUGACAAGCUCAAGCCGGAGGACGUCACCCAGUUCAGGGCAGGCCUGAUGAAAUGUCAAUGGAGAGCGACACAGACAGCACCACAGUUCUCAUGUCGGGUGUCACUGUUGGCUCAACGGGUGAACGAGGCGACGUUCGGGGACCUGAAGGACACGAACGCCCUCAUACGCGAUGUGAAGCGGACCGCUCGUGACUCACUGGUGUUCCACAACUUCAAUAGCAACUGUGGCGGCAAGCUGAAGUGGGACGACCUAGUGAUCGUGACGUGGGUCGACGCAAGCAGACUACUACAACGAGGAGGCUACAUCGUGGCGUUCACCACGGCCGAGAUUCUCAAGCAGAAGGAAUGUGCAGUAUCGAUCGCCGACUGGAGAUCGUACAAGCUCAAGCGCACCGGCAUCGGCACCAACGGCUGCGAGGGCCAGGCUCUGUACGACGGCGAGAACGCCGCGUACCUGAUGCGCAUGCUGUGGUCAGUCAUGCACGGAGUUCCAGUCACCGCGCACACUCAGGAGGAGGUGGCGCAGUCCAUGACUUCGGUGCUGGUGAUCGACAGCCGAGGAGUUUAUGAUUCAGUUCACAACAAGGAGAGCUUCGGCAUAGGCCUGAGCGACGCGAGGACCGGCGUGGAGGUUUUGCAUGUGAAGGCGAACUGCGGGCCCGAGAAGAACCAGCACCUGGUUUGGGUACCCUCGGACCUCAACCUCACCGACGGCCUCACGAAGGACAGCCCCGAGGCAAGGAAGCCUCUGGCUCUGUGGCUUGCACGGCGUACCUGGAUCAUCAGGUACGAUGAGGAUUUCAUGUCAGCCAGGAAACGACAGCGAGCCAACAAACUCGCUCAGGACAAGCCGCAGGCGCCUACGGAUGCUGAAGCCGAG